ACAUAAAAUUCUCAGUUUAGUUCUGAAAGAAUCAUGAAAUUCGAAAGAUGUAUUUCAAUGGGAGCGGUGAUUGCGAUUCUUUUUGUUUUUCUGGUAGCCACGGUUCAUGGAAAUUCAAAUGAUACUGUUAAUUAUUCUGAUGUGUAUAAAAAUCGAUUUUGCCGUCUGACGAACUGUCCAGACAAUAUGUUGCCGCACAUUGGCUGCAACAGUACACAACAGUCUAGUUGCGGGGCGGACUUGAAACUUUACCCUAUGUCAAAUAAAUGGAGAAUGUAUAUUGUUAAUCAGCAUAAUAUUUUCCGAAACUUAAUAGCUUCCGGAAUGGUGAACCGACUUCCCGGAUCCGGAGCCAUGCUUAAGCUGCAGUGGGAUUCGAGCUUAGAGGAGGUAGCCAGCUUUUUGGUAAAACGCUGUUCCCUUCAUACCCCCAAGGAGUGCAUCUCUACCUCUAGAUAUGAAGAUCCCAGCUUCCAAUCAGUUUACAACAAGUUUAAAAAGAAUCAGAAUGCCUUCUUGGUUCUUAAAUCGCAAAUGCACGCAUGGUUUGAUCAAUAUAAACACGCAACUGUGCUUAAUGUAGUUGAUGGAUCCGCUGAGAACAACGGAGAGGUGAGCCACUUCCGGAGAAUGAUGGUGGGUGCCAGCAACCAUAUGGGUUGCGCCAUAGCCAUGUCCAAAAAAGAUGGCUUGAAGCACCAAUGGAUGAUUUGCCUUUACAGCUGCACUCCAAAAGCUAACGAGCCCCUUUAUUCGUUUAAUGCCGUUCCUGGGGAACAUUGCUCCACAGGAGUGGAUCACGAAUACCCGAAUCUUUGUAACGAAUCCGAGCAUGUAGAAGAUUGUAGGCUGGAUACGCACCAUGAAUAGUUCUUUUAUGCCAAGAUCGUUAUUUUAUAUUGUGUUAACUACACUUCUUGAAUGGAUUGGAUAGAAAAAGGAGGUGGAUAAAGUGCAUCUCGAGAUUGCAUCAAUUCCCAAAAAGGUUAAAGAGAAAGUGAUUGACGCUGCUAGAGUUGCCGAUAAUUUGAAUGAAGAAGCGAAAAAUAAGAUUAUUAUGGCCAUUCAUUUCAAAAUGCCCUAAAAUGAUACAUUUGGUUAGUUAGCCUCAAGUGGCUGGAUAUAUUUUUCUCUAUAAAUUGCCUAAAAAUAAAUACAAACGAGUUAAAUGUUGUAUUAUA